GGACAAAAUACAGGAAGUGAAUUCAAAGCUUGACACAUGACGGGACGCUGAAUUUCUGUUGCAUCAUGGGGGUACAUGGACUUACAAGUUAUGUUGAAGGAAAUCACCAUUUCUUCACAGACAUGAGAUUUAGAGACUGCCGCCUUGUGAUCGAUGGGUGUAGCUUGUAUUAUCAAUUGUAUUUUAACUCUGGAUUGGAUCAAGCAAGGGGUGGAGAUUAUGACAUAUUUGCAGUGUUGGUGCGACAGUUUUUUGCAGCACUUUCAGAAUGUAAGGUGCAGCCAUUCGUCGUGUUAGAUGGUGGGAUGGACCAGACGGACAAAAAGUUCAAGACGCUGCUGGAACGAACCCAAAGCAAGAUCAAAGCGGCUCACACUCUUUCCAGAGGAUCUCACGGUUCUGUACUUCCUCUGCUUACACACGAAGUCUUCAUACAGGUCCUCUCUGAGCUUGGUGUGCCCUUGGUGCAGUGUAUUUCCGAAGCUGAUUUUGAGAUAGCUUCUCUUGCCAAACAGUGGGGAUGUCCGGUUUUGACCAAUGACAGUGACUUCUACAUCUUUGACUUGCGUGGUGGCUACUUACCAUUUUCUUUCUUCCAGUGGAAAAAUGUCAGUGGUAGGGCCACAGAACGAUACAUUCCUGCCCGGCAGUUCAUCGUGAACCGCUUCUGCUCGCACUUCAACCAUAUGAACAAACAACUUCUGCCUCUGUUUGCUGUCGUGACUGGCAACGACUACACUCCUGAUAAAAUAACCGAUAUGUUUUUCCGCCGAGUGGAGCUUGAAAGAGUACCAGUGGGUCGUAAGUCUGGGCAUAGUCGAAUCGAGGGCUUUCUGCUCUGGCUGUCUCAGUUUACUAGUCCUCUAGAUGCUUUUGAGGAAGUUCUGGAGAUUUUGGGUGGACAGCACAAAGGAAACCUUCGUAUGCAGCUCUCGGUAGGAAUACAGGACUACCAGCUCCCUCGUACUAGCAUUCUAGCUCAAUACUUCUCAAGUGCCCAACCUGCACUACCAAAUACCCAAAGCCUCCCUGCAGCACUGAUUUCUCAACCAGAGUGGCUUUUAAAAGCAUUUGCAUCAGGUAACCUGCCCUCCUUGGUCUUGAAUGUGCUUGUCCUCCAGAAAGUUCUGCUGACUGUCCAAGUGGAGAAUAGUCACCAGCUCAGCAGUCAUAGAACCUCGCUGAGUAUCCGAAAGACCAUCUACAGCCUGUUGCUGUUGGAAAAGACAAGACAGGAUAGUCAAAGGCAACAAAAUGUCACCCAGAGAGGCAGAGGAAGGGGAAGACAGAGUAUGGGAGGACAACAGUGUGACACUCCAUGUGUUGUUGAUGAGUAUGACAGACAAGACCUCAAUCUCAAGAAGAACACAGUGGAGGUUCACCUACCCAACUCUGUGCCACAGCUGAAUCUUACUACAAUUGACAAGGCGCCUGUACAGGUGAGACUGCAGGUGUUGUUGGGAACACUGGGUAUGUUGGACCAUAUUUUGCCACCAUUGCCUCCCCAAUUUUGCCUGCCAGUGUAUGUGACGUAUUUUUGGAUGAAUAACUCUAAACCAAAGCCCAGUCAACCGCUACUAAUGGCCAUGUUGUUGGGACUGGUAUACGGUGAGCUCAGCUGGAGAACGGCACAUCCUGAUGACCCACUAUAUGGCAGCAAAGCUGCUUCCUCUGUCUGUCAGCGAUUGUCUGUGUUGAGGGUCAACCCAGGACAAAGGCGGGGCCUAGAUCUGGGUGUGGCCCAUUUGCUCAGCCAGUGGCAGUCCUGUAUGUUGGCGGGGCUUUACCUGAACCAAUUACUGUGUUUCCCACUACUUGAUCCUAGAUAUGCUUGUCUAUACAGUGGUACUCUGUUACAUGGGCUUGAGGCUGCAAUAAGAGGGGGUUACCAGCCUGAGUCUCUGCUUGCAGGGGACACUGAAGCUUGGCAGCUAUACUCCAUCCUCCUGAAGGCGAUAACAGGCACAGCAGUAUCAGGAACACCAAGAAUGAGUAGAGGAGGGGGGCAGAGAAAAGCACAGCAAAGAGGGAGGGGCAAUGAAGGAAGAGGAAGAGCCAGUGGAGGGAGAGGGAGAGGCUAUGGAGGAAGAGGGAGGGAUAACAGAAGCAGGGGAAUGAUGCCUGCAGACAGUGAUUUCGAUAACAGGUUUACUCUGUUGACCUGUAAUGAUGUAUAUUAUGCUUGAAAGAGGAGAGGGAAAUUAUAUUUGAAAGAAGCUAGUUUAGGAAGGUAGGAUAAAAUAAACUAUUUUUAACUACAUUCGUUUCUUUUGAGGGAAAGUUUAACUUUUCUCUCAGAGCCUUUUAUUAAUGUGGCUGAAUAUGUAACUAGCCAUAUUUUGUAUAAUGAGAGCAGCUUGCAGUGUAGGCCGACAUGAUUUCAGGCAACAUGAAUGUAUUAUCAUGACCGCUAUCAUUAUUAACUUGCUUAUACUAGACUUGCGCUUGCACUGAAAAUGUUUUACAGCUACACCAUAUACAUUUUUGUAUUUAAUAUAGCUUUUUAUUCUAUUUAAUUGAAUUAAUUUUAAUAAAGAAUCGUGUUGACUUUGUAUAUUAUAAAAUCUUACAUUUGGAACCAAUAUUUUUAAUGUGAUGUUAUAUGGUGCCUGUUUUGUCAACAUCAGUAGGUGCUCAUAUAUAUCAUCUUAAACAUUUGAAAUGUAUAUCGCUGAUUGUUGGGUUAUGCAGAACAUAUCCUGACUGUGAGUACCGAACUUAAAUGCAGGGUUGGGAGGGUUACUUUUUAAAUGUAUUCCACUACAGAUUACGGUUUACAUGCUGUAAAAUGUCAUUUGUAACGUAUUAUAUUAGAUUACUUACGGUCAGUAAUCAUCUUGUUUUGACUAUAAAACUCUCCCAGUACAGUGAGACAAAAUACACAUGUUAAAACUGCAUUCUCUGAAAAACUAAAUAUCUUAUGCGGUGUUGUUUCUAAAACAAGAUAAAUCAAAUUGAUCUUAUUUUAAACAUGCAUGUAAAAUGGCUAGAAAUAGCAUUUUAAAUUAGCGUAAACCUGACAAUUUACACAAGGUUUAUUUCUAUUUCUUCUGCACCAAACUUAAUUCAAACUUUCUUCUCUGUCUGCUCGUAUGAAUGUAACACAUCAUAAGAAGGUUUUUCACCGCUGUUCAAAUGCACUUUGGAUCGCAUCAUUUAUAUGUAUAAAAGUUUUCCAUCUGAAAUUACGAUAUAUUAAAUGAAACAAAUGACAAUAAAAUGCAAAGUAAUUUCUUCAGUAAUCAAAAUACUUUUGAAUGUAUCUGUAUUCUAAAUACCAAUUAUUUAAAUUGUAACUUUAGUGGAAUACAGUUACGUAUAUUUUGUUGCAAAUCAAGGGGAUGCAAAUCAAGACAGAUACUUACUGGAGAUUACCAUAUGUAGUUAGUACAAUAUAAUACAAUAUGUCUUGGCGGGUGGAAGACCAUGUUUCAUAAAAUUCCACCCCAUAGAUAGGAUGUUUUGUCUUAGAGGUAAGAACAUCAGUGAGAAUAACAAUGUUAAGCCCUUCUAUAGUAGAAGUUGUCAGAUUGGAUCAUUGUUAUUCUUCAAAGGUGUUUUUCCAAAGAUUUCUGAUUGAACUUUUAAAAAUAGCCAACAUGUCCGAACUGGAUGUAUGAAUUCACGAAUAAGAUUUGCUUAUGUUAGUUAUCACUGCACAAGUUAAUCAUCAUUGCACUUACAGUAUAUCAUAUGAUGACUCUACAAAGCAGAACAUUAUAGCAGGUACAAUACAGGUUAAGCUCAAUUGACAGCAUUUUUGGCGUAAUGUUGAUUACCACAAAAUGUAUUUAGACUUGUCCCUCCUUUAAAAAAAAGAAAAAAAGUUAUAAUGAGGCACUUACAAUGGAAGUGAAUGUGGCCAAUUUUUUCAAGGUUUAAAGGCAGAAAUGUGAAGCUUAUAAUUUUAUAAAAGCACUUUAUUCAUUCAUUCUUCUGUUAAAUCUCAUAUAUUAUUUAAGCUGUUAAAUUGUUUAAAUUGUCAGUUUUAGACAUUUUAGUGUUCUAGGGUUUGUUGACAUUACAACACCAUGUCAAGUAAGUUGUAAACUUGGCUAUAACUUACACAGAAAAGGGUAAUAAGUGAUUUUAUCACACUAAAAUCAUGUUAACAUGUCACGCAUAUUGUUUAAGUCUUGUCUUGGGACUGUACUUUUGAAAUAGUGCGUAUUUUUAACAUUGAAAAAUUGGCCCCCAUUCACUUCCAUUGUAAGUGCCUCACUGUAACCCAGAUUUUUGCUUCUUUUUUUUUUUUAAAGCCAAUAAGUCAGUCCAAAUGUAUUUUUUUUUUUGGUAAUCAAUAUAAUGCCACAAAUGCUGUCGAUUAAUCUUAACUUGAACCCAGGAUAUUCCUUUUUAAAAUCUUGUGGUUGCUUUGAUUUGUCAGUGAGAUUCAGUUUAUUGCUUCCUUUUAUGUGCUAGCUUUUUUAAGUUUUGCUGAUUGUAACUUUGAUUGCAUACUCCUCUGCUGUAUUAAAAUGCAAACCCAAA